UUCGAACUUUUCAAAUUCGUCGUCAAUGGAUAUAGUAUUAGUCGAACUCCUCAUCUUCGUCUUCGUAGUCCACUGCUUCGUUUCGCGUGGAGUUUCAUCGGAACUUCCAUGGGUCCACAGCGACGGCGACUCGUCGAGAUUCCUCCAACUGGCGAAGAAACCGGAAGUGUUCGAUUGGAUGGUUGGAAUCCGGAGGAAAAUCCACGAGAAUCCGGAACUGGGUUACGAGGAAUUCGAGACCAGUAAGCUUAUCAGGUCGGAGCUCGAUCGUAUCGGCGUUCCGUACAGAUUCCCAGUCGCCGUCACCGGAGUCGUCGGCUUCAUCGGCACGGGAAAACCUCCGUUCGUCGCACUGAGAGCCGACAUGGAUGCUUUGCCUAUUCAGGAGGCCGUGGAUUGGGAGCACAAGAGCAAAGUUCCUGGGAAAAUGCACGCUUGCGGACACGAUGCUCAUGUGGCCAUGCUUCUUGGUGCAGCUAAAAUGCUUCAAGAACAUCGCCACGAUUUGCAGGGAACGGUGGUGCUUAUAUUUCAGCCAGCCGAGGAAGGCGGUGCUGGGGCCAAAAGAAUGAUAGAAGAAGGUGUUCUGAAUGACGUUGAAGCCAUAUUCGGGUUACACGUCACCAGCCGGUUCCCCAUCGGGAAAGCCGCUUCCCGUGCAGGCCCCUUGCUUGCUGGAACCGGAGCUUUCGAGGCUGUCAUUAUCGGGAAAGGAGGGCAUGCUGCCUUCCCGCAGCAUGCUCUGGACCCGAUUCUCGCUGCUUCAAGCGUCAUCCUCAGUCUCCAACAUCUGGUUUCACGUGAAACCGACCCUUUGGGUUCACAGGUUGUUACAGUCGCUUCCGUUCAUGGAGGUGAUGCUUUCAAUGUCAUCCCUGGUUCAGUCACCAUGAAUGGGACCUCUCGUUCAUUUUCCGCUGAAGGGCUUAGUCAGCUUCAGCGGAGAAUCGAAGAGGUCAUCACCAAGCAAUCAGCCGUCCAUCGAUGCAAUGCCACCGUGAAUAUGAAGCCCAAUGGUCAAGAGGUCUACCCACCAACCAUGAAUGACGACCAUUUAUACGAGCGUGUCAAGAACGUGGCUCGGGAAAUGCUGGGUUUGGAUGGCGUGGUUGUGGCAGAGCCUUUGAUGGGAGGAGAGGAUUUCUCGUUCUAUGCCCAAGAGAUUCCAGGCCAUUUCCUCUUCCUUGGGAUGCAAGACGAGACCAAAAGCUUUGCCAUGACUCAUUCACCUUAUUACAGAGUUAACGAGGAUGUGUUACCUUACGGUGCCGCGCUGCAUGCGGCUACAGCAGUACAGUACUUGACGGACAAGGCAAGGCUUCCUAAGCUACUACAUCACACGGAGGGUUCGCUCAACCCGCUCUGAAGUUUGAAGUUCGCUUCUCUAUGUUAUGCUUAUUAGUCAGUACCUAGACCGUGUACCACGAACGAACUCACCGGACCUUAUUCAAUAACCGAAAUCAUCGAAUUUAAAGAUUGAACUA